AUGUUUCGUAAGGGACGUGGAGUUUUUGAGCUUCGAGAAAAUGAAAUUCAUCAAAUUUUGAUGGGUGACAAUAGCGAUGAGGAAGAUGACUUAGUGCUUGAUGAAGAAGACCAAAGACUUCUAACACAGGAUGAUGACCAAGGGGUAUUUGAUGUCGAGAUUGAAGGAACGACGACUCUUCAACGGCAAGAAUCACCUGAACCUUCAACAUCUCGACAGGAAAUCGUCACUGAAGCAUAUUCCAACCUUCAACCGGUUUUCAAUUGGAAUCCGAGAACAUACCACCCAAAUGUUUUUCCUGACGUGGAAUAUGAAUUCGGAAAGGUGAAAAUCUGUCAAGAAGUUGAAGCCGAUACAUUGACUCCUUUUGACAUUUUCCGUUUAGUAACUAAUUUCGACAUUUUAGUUGAACGUAUAGUAUCCGAGUCAGUACAAUAUGCUCACCAAAAUGGACGGGAGUUCACUAUCAAAAUCGAUGAAAUGAAAGCAUUUCUUGGUGUGAAUCUGGUUAUGGGCUAUCAUAUCUUGCCAUCAUUGAGAGAUUACUGGUCUACAGAACCAGACAUGGCGGUACCAUUCAUUUCAAAUGUUAUGCCAAGAACGCGAUUCGAAGAAAUACGCAGAAAUCUACAUUUCUGUAACAAUGACGAUGUAAGAGACAUAAACAGCCCUAACUAUGAUCGAGCAUAA